AUGAAGUGUACUCAAGCUCCCAAGCUGAGCACCUUCUUCGGAGUCCAUCAGACCAUGCAGUGUGACCGCAAGGUAGAUAUAUUGGGCAACACCAGCCCGGCGGAUGAGGUCGAGGCCGAGGCCACAAUCAAGGCUUGCAUAAUAAGCGGCCUGCUUGAGCUGACGAUGCCCAUGGCGUUCAUACCGGCCAGAGCUUGCGGACCCAUUGUGCUCGGUGGCCCAGAGGAAGUCUGUGAAGGGAGCUCUGAGCGGCCUCGACUAUGGAAUCCCUCUCUGUGCCCCAAACUGGCUGCUCGAUCGCGCCGAUACCGUUCCUCGACCUCAGCCUCGAACCCUCCUGUCGUGACCAAGGCCGCCGAGGUCCUGCAGUCGCUCCUUGACAAGCUUUCUACCGCACUCCAAGCUCCCCAGGGCAGCGACUAUCCCGAAUUUCCUGCGCUCAUCGAGCUCGGCCGACAGGUGCACCAGCAUGUCGCUGCGACCAACCCACCAUGCCCGGCCCAAGACGACUUCCGUCACCUAGAUGGCUUCCGGCAUCUGCUGAACGUCCUCCGUGCCUACUCUGGCUUCUACAACCCACAAAGGCGCAGCCUGGAAGAGAAGAAGGGUUUCUUCGAGCUUCUGCACACCGUUCUGGCGGUAUUCUCGGCCACCUUCAGGGAACACCAUGGCAACCGCCGCUAUUUCAAGCGCCGGGUUGAAGGCGGCGGUUGGGAGGCAUUGGAACAGAUUAUAGCCAGCGUCGGACUGGGAGGCACCGACUCGGACGUGUGGACAAACUGUCAACUGUUCGGAAAGCUACUCUCUUUCUCUCUCGACGACCAGAGGCUGGACAAGCUCUGCCAGGCUGUAGCCGUCACCUCCGCUCCCGAAGGAACCAGCGAGGCCGGCGAUGACGUCGCGUACCAGAAUGGCGAUGGAGACCGGAUAACUCGAUUCGAAGUGGCCAUAAUCGAGAGAGAGCUGGAGAAGAUCAUUACAUCCACUACGGUGCUUCGGAAUCCCGAGAUCAUGCGUGCUGUCAUCGACUUCUGGGAGUCCAUGCCCAGGGAUCCGGAAACUGCCGAGUCCUUUGCUUCGGCCAUCGUUCUGGCUACCAUGAAGCUAGCCAGCUCUGCUUCAUUCUCCAACCUGAAUGCGUUACAUGGGACCGGCGCACUCUCGAGGUUUCUUGCUCUGUACCUUAGAGAGGAUUCGAGGCUAUCGGAGCAUGAACGAGGGGUGAUCCUCGGUCUCUGCAAGUCAUUGAUGCAUCUCGGUGUCAACAGGCUGGCAGACGUGCAGCUGCUCUUAUCCAAACAGGACUCUGUUGCUUCCCAGUUCUGUCUGGAUAUGGCAACAAGAUUCAACGGCCCUCCGUUUGUACAGUUCGAUCUUUCCCUGCAUGGGCACUCGUCCAUUGAGCUGCCCUCGCUUGGACGCUCGUUCCCCCCAACCUCAUCGGCCGGGUACACUUUUACCGCCUGGAUACGGGUAGACCGCUUCGACCCAGGCUCACACACGACAAUAUUUGGCGUUUUUGAUGCUACCCAGACAUGCUUUCUUCUGGCGUAUUUGGAAAAGGAUACCCACAAUUUUAUUCUGCAGACGUCUGUAACCUCUCAAAGGCCAAGCGUCCGCUUCAAGUCGGUCAAGUUCAAGGAAGGUCGAUGGUACCACAUUGCAAUCGUUCACCGACGGCCAAGGACAAUGUCAGCGAGCAAGGCUUCGUUGUACGUCAAUGGUGAAUUUGCCGAACAGAUCAAGUCGCAAUAUCCCGUGCCUCCUCCCAUGAGCAAUGCAAGCACGGAGAGUUUCGCAUCUUUCAACUCUGUCGCCAACAAGCCACAUCCUGUGCAAGCCUUCUUAGGAACCCCACGUGAUCUGUCUACGCAGCUCGGUCCUGGGCUCGUCUUUUCAAAAUGGUCCUUGGCCUCGGCGCAUCUCUUCGAAGAAAUUCUAAGUGAUGAUUUACUUGCAGUCCACUAUCGCCUGGGCCCAAGGUAUCAGGGGAAUUUUCAAGAUUGUCUCGGAGGAUUCCAGACGUACGAGGCAUCGGCAGCCUUGGGUCUGCGGAACGAAAUGUUGCACCCAGGCAAGGAAGAGGGCUCAUCAGACAUUCUCAAGGCCAUCAGGGACAAGGCUAGUAGCCUCGUGCCGGAACAAAAGAUCCUCAUGAGCACUUUGCCUACCGCAAUUUUCCAACCCGAGGGCCAGUUCCUCGAUUCCUUCCUCUUUCGGUCUCUGUCCAGGAAUGCAGCUAGUAACCUGUUCCAGUUGGCGACCAAGAGCGGAACCGCUAUCUCUAUAAACGCCGCUCUCCCAUGCGUUAACGACGCUCUCGUGAGGGCUCAUGGGGUCGCUGUGCUCACAGGAGACCCUGUUGUAACAACACCUUACAAUUUCGAUGACAACCUUUGGCGAAUCGGCGGGUUCACGCCUGUUGCCCUGAAGCUGGUUGAGCGUGCCAAGACCGCGGAAGAGUUCAUUAGGUCCGUCGAGCUGAUGUUCUUGUCCAUCAAGAAGAGCUGGAGGAAUAGUGAAGCGAUGGAGCGAGAUAAUGGCUAUGCCAUCUUAGGCAUGCUCCUGAGAUCGAAGCUCGGCUACGCGACUUCUGGAACCGACAUACCUGGAUGGCGACUCCUGUUGGCCCCCGAGGACCGAGACAAGCUGAGUUUCCAGUUACUCAGCUUGGUGCUGGACUUUGUCGGCUACAAGCAUGCUUCACCCGUGGAGUCCUUCAUCAUCAACCCUCUUGCGUACCGCAUCCUAUUGAUCGACUUUGAUACUUGGCGGAAGUCAGCCCCCAUAACCCAGGAAUUGUACUAUAAGCAGUUUGUGACUUUCGCCGUCAACAGCAAAUUUCACGAGUUCAAUAGUCGCAGGCUGCAGCGAAUGCGAAUUGUGAAAAGAAUGCUGGAUGCUUUAAAAGCAGAGACAAUAUCAGAAAAUGUCAUGCCCCAUUUCCUGGAUGCGUUUGAGAGUCUCAUCAAAUGCAACUUCAACGCCGAGGUCCACCGUACUAUCGCCUUGUUCAUCACUUACACCUUCCACUCUUCAGCAAACUCCCAACCGCGAACUCCGAGGCCGAUGUCUGCGAUCACCCCGACUAAUGGUAGGAUCGGUCUACGUCGCGCCACGGUGGAUUCCGCCAAUGGUGCACAUUUGCCCGUCUUGACGAGAAAACAAGUUGGCGUCAAGAUCCUGGCGCUGUACACACGACUGCUCUGCGACAAGGGAAAUUUCACGGAUAUCCACAAAUUUGCCCGUACGGUAACGAAUAAGUGGCUUCUGUACCUACUUGCCGAGGAGAACCCAGAAGUCAUCGUCUAUGGCUGCAAAAUCAUCGCCAGGGUGCUCGUGUCGCAUGGGUCAAGCUAUGCUUCCAAAUUUGCCAAGAAGACGGGCGGGUUCGCAAUCAUGUCCCACCGUUUGAAGCAUUGGGACAUCUUGAAGUACCAGGAUGACCCGGAUUCACCAAUCGGUGUCGAAAGAGGGCACUCCAGAAACCUGAGCACCUCUGAGUCCGCAUCAGCCAGACCGCGAGCCAGAUCCAUGAAUUUUGUUGACGAACUCGGAGCUAGGCAUACACGCGGUGUGGACAAAGAGAGGGUUGCUAGCCACGCUGUUGUUCUCCAAACUGUCGUUAGAUUCCUGUCAAAUCUUCAUCAGCGGUCAGCGGACUUCCGGGACUUUGCCCUCUCUUCUGACUACGUACGGCUGCUUCUUUCUGCUCUGUAUCCAGUGCUGCUUAGCACUGAUCCUGUGAGCCCCGAGACGGAGCUAAACUCAAGAGACUCUGCGCUCACUUUUGAUGGUGGCGAUGUUAUUAUUCGACCUUUGGCAGGUUCAUCCAGUCCGGCGCCAAUCGUGAGGGCGUCUGUGGUUCCCUCAUCAGCGGAGUCGCCUCACCAGUCCCGAGGUACCCAGCUCCGACGAGCGUCCUCCUUCGUUCUUCUGACGUCGCAAGAAUCACCGCAAGCUGCAAAGAGCAGUGCGAGGCUGGCUCACGUCAUGUCUCCCAAAUUGCAAGUCCAGGCACAGAAAGUCAGCAACGUCGUGCUAGAGGGCUUGCUUGAUCUCGUGCUUGACGUCUUUGUCGACCAAUUACUGGCGCGGAAGGAAUUUCCAGGCUUUAGCUUGUUCCUGAAAAUACCUCCAGGCUUUCAGGAACACCAGGCCUAUUUCGAAUCCUACGUUCUGCGGCACGCAAUCUCACGCUUGAGUGCAUUGAUUCAAUCUGAUCAAACUAUCCUGCACCAUACCAAGGUUCUUCAGAACAUGUCUCGCUUCGCUACACACAUCUUGGACACAAUCUUUGAAGGAUGGUUCAUGAAUGGUGCCGAACCUGUUGCUGACUUCCUCGGAAGCAUUCUGGAAUAUCUUGCGCGGCCUGAUAUAUCAUCUCUGAAGAGCGUCCGACUGUGCAGCCAGAGUGUAUCGGUCCUUAAGGGGUCUAUCAUCAAGCUCGUUCUGCUUCGACUUUCUGACACUGAUGAUGCCCAAGUAUCUGAAGAAGAUAACCUGGCAGUGUUGUCUAACCUCUACUACUGGCAGAUUGUCUUGCUGGACUGUCUAUCUGCAAACGACGAUUCUAUGAGUCUCAUCUGGUAUCAGCUGUACGGCAAGCUGAUUGAUGCUCGUGAACCGAUCCGUCUAGCGGCAGCCGGAAUUCUGCGCAUCAUGAUGGUCCAAAAGCCUGAUGAGUGUUCACGCGUCUUCCGGGAGAUUCCAAUGCAGGCAGACGAAAAUCAAUUGACCAACGGCUUCACGCGUCUGACCGAAGUCGAUGACGGAACCUUUGUCGAAUGGGUUGACCAACACAGGCCUUCGCUGGAUGCGUUAUUCCUGGGUGGUAUGUCGAAGACAUGGGAGGAAUAUGUGAGCUCGGAGAAUCAGCGCACCUUGGAGACUGCCAGAUCGCGAUUGUCAAAACGCAAAGAAAAGCUUAAGCAGUGGCGGGACGAAGCUCGGCAAAUCGAAAACGUUCUCUUGCGUCACGAGAUGGCAAAUAGUGCUUGGAUGAAGAGCAUAUUUUGCACGGAGCACUCUAAACAUCAGCGUCUUACUCAGGACCAGCAAGACGACUUUGUCUUCCUAAUCAGCUCCUUUGGCAAGAUGGACCGAGACCUGAAACGUCCUGGCGGCGUCUUUGCAGAGACCGACCGCACAAUCAAGUGGAAGCUUGACAGGACAGAGGGAAGGAACCGGAUGCGUCUACGCCUUCUGCCAGACAACUCGAAGCUGGGAGAAGAGUACCAGUCUAAGCAAGCCAAGAAGAAACCCUCUGAGUCCAAACCAUCGGAGUCUUUACCUGCCGUUGCUGGCCUGAAGCUGGAUACAAAGAUUGGGCCAGGGACUUCUGGCACGAACACGCCCCAAGUCAGUGCGAUCAACGAGGUUGGGGAGAGCAUCGCCCUGACGGACGAGCCGGCUUCGACUGAGCAACAGCCAGAGCCAGGCGUGACGCCAGAAGAGGACUUUGAGCUCAUCGAGGAUCUCAACGAACCUGAAGGUGACGACUCUUUUGAAGACAAGAACAGAAAGGUCAUGCGGCGCCUCGAGCUUGGCGACACCGUUCAAAGCGUGUACAACAUUUCACGAAUCAUUGGUCUCGAGGCGUGCGAAGGCAUUCUCAUCAUCGGCAAAGAAGCGCUGUACAUCAUGGACAAUGUCUUCCGCAGCGCUGACGGAGAAAUCAUCAACGUCUGGCAAGCCCCACCUGACGAGCGUGACCCGUACUCCCAAAUCAUCACUGGCAGCAAGGCCGCCGAGAAGCCUAAGGCGCAGAGGGGAAGUGAACAAGAGUCCCGCAGCUGGAGAUGGCACGACGUGAUUAGUAUUUCCAAGCGUCGAUUCCUGUUCAGAGACGUUGCCAUCGAAAUCUUCUUCACAGACGGUCGGAGCUACCUGAUGACUGCACUGAACCCAAAUAUUCGGGACGAGGUCUUCGCAAGGUUAUCCAACAAGACUCCUCAUACGUCGGAUCCAAAGUCAUUGCCCAACCCAGAGGAUGCUUGGAGGUUGGAAGGCAUCAAGAUCUUCGAUGAGGCUCCUCAGUCUUUUGGCUCCAAAUUUGGGAGUAUCUUCAAUGCUUCACCAUGGACUCCGAUCAUGAGGAAGUGGCAAAAGGGAGAGAUAUCUAAUUUCCACUACUUGAUGCUCGUGAACACGAUGGCGGGGCGGACUUUCAACGACUUGACGCAAUAUCCAGUCUUCCCUUGGGUCCUCGCAGAUUACACCAGCGAGGAGCUUGACCUCACAAAUCCGGCCAGCUUCCGAGAUCUUUCGAAGCCAAUGGGUGCGCAGACUAUUGCUCGCCAGACCGACUACAUGAUGAGAUACAGCAACCUGAUGGAAGUGGGUGAAGUUCCGUUCCAUUACGGAACACACUACUCUUCAGCCAUGGCCGUGGCAUCGUACCUGAUCCGCCUGCCUCCUUUUGUACAAUCGUACAUCCUGCUCCAAGGUGGCACCUUCGAUCAUCCUGACCGUCUAUUCUAUUCCAUUGAGGGUGCGUGGAAAUCAUCGUCCAGGGACAAUGGGACUGACGUUCGGGAACUGAUUCCCGAGUUCUUUUACCUGCCUGACUUCCUCACCAAUACAAACGGCUAUGACUUUGGUCACCGUCAAGGUAAUGCUGGCAAGGUUGACCAUGUUAUACUUCCUCCAUGGGCCAAAGGAGACCCCAAGAUAUUCAUCGCGAAGAAUCGAGAGGCUCUAGAGAGCCCAUACGUGACAGAGAACCUGAACCACUGGAUCGACUUGGUCUUUGGUUAUAAGCAGAGGGGCGAAGCUGCUGUGGAAAACCUGAACGUGUUCCAUCAUCUGUCCUAUCACGGUGCCAUUGAUUUGGACAGUCUUGUCGACAAAAAUGAGCGGGCCAUCACUACCAACAUCAUCCACAAUUUCGGGCAGACGCCACACCAAGUCUUCUCCAAGCCUCAUCCUGCUCGAGAAUACGUACAUGUGCAAACCAGAAGGCUUGACACUGGUGUGCAGUCGCUGACCAGGGUCAACUACCCACUUCUCGAGAGCCACGAACGAGUCGCCUCCCUCAUCUAUGCUCCAAAGCUCGAUCGACUCUUGUGCGCAUCUCCUUUCAGGCUCAACAUGCCACCUCAUUUCGACAAGUUCCUCGAGUGGGGAUUCGCGGACAACAGCAUUCGGUUCUUCCUCAGCGACAACCGGAAACCCGUCGGCCUUCUCGAGAAUCUCCACCAAGGCCAAAUAUCAUGCGUCGCAUUCGCCGACUCCAAGACGCUCAUCACUGCCGGCGAUGACAGUGUCAUAUCCGUGUUCGCCAUCAAAUCCUCGGCCGGCAAGAACGUCGAGCUUUUUCCCAGGAUGUCUCUAUUCGGCCACAAGACACCAGUCAACGUGAUCGCUGUCUCCAAGGCGUUCAGCACGUUCCUUACGGUAUCUCAAGACGGCACAGCCUUCUUAUGGGACCUCAACCGCCUAGACUUCAUCCGGAAGCUUCCGGUGUCACGCCCGGUCGAAUGCGCCCGCAUCAACGACGUCACGGGGGACAUCAUGCUUUGCUGCGGGUCCAACGUGCUCCUCUUCACGCUCAACGGCGAGCUCAUCCUCGAACAGAACGUCUGCGGCGGCUCGGGCGAAGCUCACGACGACUAUGUGCACUCGUGCGCCUUCUACGAGGGCAGCAGCAGCGAGUGGCUUGAGAACUUCCUCGUGUUCACGGGCCACAGGAGGGGCAGGGUCAACGUCUGGAAGAAGACGGCGCGGAGGGGCGACGGCAGGUGGGUGCUGGAGCUCCUCAGGAGGCUGGACCACAUCGACAACAAGAGCGAGACCGGGACGAACAUAGAUGCGCCGAUCACGUGUAUCACGCCGAUGCCGCAGAUGGUGUACACGGGAGACGACGAUGGGCGAGUGUAUGAAUGGAACCUGGUCCAACGGGAGCGUUAG